ACUUUACAGAGCCCAACGAGGGUGGGUCCCACCAAUCACAUCACAUAAAUCGAUCAUAAACUCCACGUGGCAUCAUACGCGUCGCUUGUUCCCUAUACCAUACGCUUCUCCAUAUUUUAUUUUAUUUCUUUAAAAAAAAGAAAAACUUUCUUCUCUCCUUUCCUGUCCAAAAGCAGCAGAAGCAAACUCAUCCAUAUUCCAUAUUUCAAUUUCGUCCGUCUCUCUCUUUGACGGAAAUCUAGACACACAAACCACAUCAAACCAAACCCAAGUUUCUGAACUGAGUCCAACUCAGGUUUGAAUUGAUUGCAACACAACAACGCCUUUUUUUUUUUUUUUUAACGUUUCCAUUCACAACUAUUUGGAAGUCUCUGGUAAUCUAUUACUGCUCUUCCGUUUUCUAAACUAGAAAAUUCAAAAGUAGGUCUGAAGAGCUACUUCAUAUUUUAGUUUGAUCAAAACAUUUUGUAUUGGUUUUCGCAAACUUUAAAAUGAUUUGUUUAGGAGUCAUGGUUUCAUGCAUCAUUCUCUUUUAUAUUUAACUGGGAUCAUAUUUAAAUUUUAUAUAUUUUAAAUUUUAGGUAAUGAGAUAGCCAUCCUUUGAUCAUUUUUCGUUUAUUUAAGGCCAUAAAUUUUGGUGCUAUGUAUCAAUUUGUCUGGUUUUCUUUUUUAUUUUCCUAAAAAGAACUCGUGUUGUGUCACUGUUCUGUAUUUUAAGUUAAAAAUCGUUUGAAGAGUGAUUGGAGACAUGAUAUUUGUGUAAUUAUCCGUUACCAAACAUGGAUUUUGGUUGACAUAUCCAUUUCUCUGUAAUUCGACACCUGGAAACGAGGAGCCAUCUUAUUAAGGCGGUGAGAGAGAGUAAAGGUGACACGUUAUAGAAUGGUAAGAAAAGUGGAGCUCCACCAGGGUGCUGCUGAGGACUUGAACGUCAGCUUUGAGAAGCUUAUGAUGCUCGGUGUUUGUGAUCGUAGUGGUGGAAAAGUGAAAAUGGAAGGUGGGGUUAUCACUGAUUGGAAGGAUAUUCCUAUGGAGCUGUUGUUGCAAAUCGUUUCGAUUGUGGAUGAUCAGACGGUGAUCAUGGCAUCUGGGGUGUGUCGUGGUUGGAGAGAUGCUAUUUCUCUCGGCCUCACCCAUCUCUCUCUAUCAUGGUGUAACAAGAAUAUGAACAACUUGGUCCUAUCACUUGCUCCUAAAUUCACAAAACUGCAAACUCUGAUUCUGCGUCAGGAUAAACCACAACUUGAGGACAAUGCUGUUGAGGCUAUAGCAAACUUCUGUCAUGAUUUGCAGAUCCUUGAUCUCAGUAAAAGCUUCAAGCUUAGUGAUGCCUCGCUAUAUGCUUUGGCUCGUGGUUGUCAAAACCUUACUAAACUCAAUAUCAGUGGCUGCCCUGCUUUCAGUGAUGUUGCUCUUGCACAUCUUGCUAGUUGUUGCAGAAACUUAAAAGUUUUCAAUCUCUGCGGAUGUGUGAAAACUGCAACAGACAGGGCUCUGCAGGCUAUUGGACGUUACUGCAAUCAGCUGCAGUCUUUAAAUCUUGGAUGGUGUGACAAUGUCAGUGAUGUUGGAGUUAUGAGUUUAGCAUAUGGUUGCCCUGAUCUUAGAACCGUUGACUUGUGCGGAUGUGUCCUUAUAACUGAUGAUAGUGUGAUUGCUUUGGCAAAUAGGUGUGUCCAUCUGAGAUCCCUUGGGCUGUACUACUGCCAGAACAUCACCGACAAGGCAAUGUAUUCUUUGGCCCAAAGUCGAGUGAAGAACAAACCUGAAACAUGGGACGAUGAGGAGGGGCUUAAAACUCUGAACAUUAGCCAAUGCACGGCGCUUACUCCUCCCGCUGUUCAGGCAGUGUGUGAUACAUUUCCUUCGCUUCACACUUGUUCAGGCAGGCAUUCACUCAUCAUGAGUGGCUGUUUGAAUUUAACAUCUGUUCAUUGUGCAUGCGCUUUCCAAGCUCAGUUCCGCAGCCCCACCAUGUUGCCUCCUUCAGCUCAUUAAAACUCACUGGGCUAUGUCAAUUGUCUCCUUUAGCCUCUCCAUAAAGAAGUGUCUUUCCCUUGUAGAUAUGUGUUUUAUGUCCAAGUGUUCAGAGACUGACUAGCUGCAAGGGUUUUUCAGAACCUGCAGACUAUGUGAAUUACUACUAUUUAACUUUUGCAAGAUUUUCAUUUAUGAAAUGGGAAAACUGGGUGUGGCUCCAAGCUUCUAGGCCCAGUAGUGUAUGUUAUGUGUGA